CACACUGUCUCGUUCAGUUCCUUUGCGGUCCUCUUCUUCAGCACAGACCAAAGCAGUUCCUCGCAACCUGUGGCACCAGAGCAUCUUGGGUGUGUGACAAUGGAAGAGUUGGAUGCUUUAUUGGAGGAAUUGGAACACUCCACCCUCCAGGACAGUGGUGAAUACUCCAACCCUGCUCCUCUUCCCAAGGAUCAGUAUUCCAGAAAAGAGAGUGCUGAGACUUCAGACAUCCCUUCUGUUCAGGAUGACACAAGUCCCUUGCAGGUGCAGCUCGUGUAUACUACUAAUAUGGAGGAGCCCCAUGUCUACAGUGACAUCCAAGAGCCAAAGGAAUCACUGCCACAUUCCAAAACCUCAGCAGCUGCUCAGUUGGAUGAGCUCAUGGCCCACCUGUGUGAAAUGCAGGCCAAGGUGGCAGUGAAAGCAGAUGCCAGCAAGAAGUACUUACCAGACAAGCAGGAUCACAAGGCCUCCCUGGACUCAAUGCUGGGGGGAUUGGAGCAGGAAUUGCAGGACCUUGGGAUUGCCACAGUGCCCAAGGGCCAUUGUGCUUCCUGCCAGAAAUCGAUUGCUGGAAAGGUGAUCCAUGCUCUAGGGCAAGCCUGGCAUCCAGAGCACUUCAUCUGUAGUCACUGCAAAGAAGAGCUUGGCUCCAGUCCCUUCUUUGAGCGCAGUGGCUUGGCCUACUGCCCCAAGGACUACCACAAUCUGUUUUCGCCACGCUGUGCCUACUGUGCUGCUCCCAUCCUGGAUAGAGUGCUGACGGCAAUGAACCAGACCUGGCACCCAGAGCACUUCUUCUGCUCUCACUGUGGAGAGGUGUUUGGUGCAGAAGGUUUUCACGAGAAGGACAAGAAGCCAUAUUGCCGAAAGGAUUUCUUAGCCAUGUUCUCACCCAAGUGUGGGGGGUGCAACCGCCCGGUGUUGGAAAACUACCUUUCAGCCAUGGACACUGUCUGGCACCCAGAGUGCUUUGUUUGUGGGGACUGCUUCAGCAGUUUCUCCACUGGCUCCUUCUUUGAACUGGAUGGACGUCCAUUCUGUGAGCUCCAUUACCAUCACCGCCAAGGAACCCUCUGCUAUGGGUGUGGGCAGCCCAUCGCCGGCCGCUGCAUCAGUGCCAUGGGCCACAAGUUCCAUCCUGAGCACUUCGUCUGUGCUUUCUGCCUGACGCAGUUGUCGAAGGGAAUCUUUAGGGAGCAGAAUGGCAAGACCUAUUGUCCACCCUGCUUCAAUAAGCUCUUCCAAAUAUAAUCUCAGCUGAACCCACAGCCCUCCAAAUACCCUUUAACAUUUAAACCAAGAGAGGAAAGAGUACAUUUGUUGUUACUGACCUUCUGCUCAAUAGGCUUAUAGAGAAAGUAAAGCCUUCAAAGGGAAUGUCUAAAUGUUAGGCUUGUAGCCUUAAGUUUCAGAUUUCUAGCCUUAUUUUUUAAAUUGGGUACUUGGAUUUAGAUCUGGAGCCUGCUAGCUAGUGUCUCUGCAGAUAUAUUUUCCACAGGCACACAUUCAUUUAGUAACUGGUUUUCUCAGAUUUCUCCAUUUUCACCCCUAUGAUGGCCCUGUUCACAUCUCCUCUCCUUUUCAAGCUUUCCACAUUUCCCUGUGACUCAGUUCCUCACAAUCAUGGCUAUGGACUUUAUCCUUGGUGUCAGGAAUCAUGGUAGCAGUCUUAAGCUCCUUGCAUCUCCCUUCAGUGUAUUUCUCUUUUUCAAGAGGAAUUAGAUUUUAACUGGACAACUUUGAGUGCUGACAUAAUUGUCAAAUAAAGUGGCUUGUGUAUGUGUGUGUGUGUGUUUUAAAUAUGUUUUCAUUGAUUUUAGAGAGAGAGGAAGAGAGAGAAACAUUGAGGUGAGAGAGAAACAUCAAUCGGUUGCCUCCCAUAUGCACCCUGACCAGGGAUAAAACCUGCAACCUUUUUGAUGUAGGGGACAACACUCCAACCAACCAAGUCAUACUGGCCAGGGCAAGUGGCUUGUGUUUUAAUGACUCAGUAUCAUGUAGUUUGGUAGAUGAUCCUUCUGCUUCUCAUAUUAAUA